AUUAACAACGUAUGAAUUAGAGAAAUACACAAGAAAUGAUAUGAUUAUUUUUAAUCAUGAAAAGUUUAUGAAUGGACCGAAAAGACGAGGCACAGCUUUGGAUGUCGCUGCAUUAGAAACUACAUUUAAACAAUUUCGAUUUGAUGUAACCACUUAUAAUGAUCUAACAGAAAAAGAUUUGUUUACCGAAUUGAAAAAAUUCAGCAGCAGGGACUUCAGUACCAGCGGCUGUCUUUGCGUGGCGAUCCUGACUCACGGACAUGACCACGGGUAUCUGAGGGCAUUUGACACACGUUACUGCGAAAGAGAUGUGAUCGCCUGCUUUGACGCUCGUCUCAAUCCCAGCUUGGUAGCUAAACCAAUCAUAUUCUUAAUUCAGGCAUGCCGGGGUCGACAACCGGCUUCAGUUGUAGAAGCGCGAACCAUAAAUGUAGAUGAACCUAUUCAGACUGUGGAACUAGAUGCUGUGUUACCAUCAGAGAAAUAUCGCAGGCCCAUGGACUCGGAUAUAAUCAUGUUUCACAGCUCUUUCUUUGGAAGAGCCUCUAUCAGAGUGGUUGAAGAGGGCACGUGGUUCAUACAAACGCUUUGUGUGCAGAUGAGACUGCACGCCGUCACAGACCACUUCGAGAAAUUGUGCCGAAGGGUUCGGACCAUCGUGGCUCACAUGGAGUAUGAGGGGGCAAAGCAAAUGCCAGUAGUUACCUCAACAUUACUCAAAAAGCUAUAUCUUAAGAAAACACUUUCUAGUUUAGAUAAAUCUGAAAAAUCUAAAGAGCAAAUGUGGAAAAACGCGCUGAUGAAAAGUUUGUCUCGUAUGCCUCGGCGUAGAAAAAAAUUCGAUCGAAUUAGUUUACUGAAAGCGCCUCAAGGAAGUUCUCCGACGGUAAUAGGGGUGUAUACAGAUAAGUACCAAACUUUACAUGUUACAUAUUAG